AUGACAAUUCAUAUUGUUAGCAGUGAAAAACAUGAUCCUGGAGGCACGUGGAAGGAUGUGACCGAUGUGGCGCAGCAGCAAUACCAGGAACGCAACGUUCAAGUACAGUUAGAUUCUUCAGACUCUUCAUUCUUAAUAGUUCCUUUGGCCAUAGGUUCUAUAUCGGUUUCUUUUUUAGGUCAUCUUGGAUCAACUGUCCAUCAGAAUUAUCCUCUUCAGCCUUUUCCAAAUAUCAUUCAAGUUCUUUAG